AUGGAUUCGAAUUUCAAACACUUCGCUUACGAUUGGAACUGCCCAAAACUCACGGCAAAUGGUCGGUAUGAAAUGAAAGGACAUAUUGGAACAUUAGCUUUGGAAGGAAAUGGAGACUUUCAAUUUAUCGCAGGACGGUUCCUUGUCAACAUGGAAUGUGAUGUCGAAAAAGUGAAAAGGAGCGAUGGAAAAACUCUUGUGUUUAUUAAAGAUUUUAAGUUUGUUGCAACACCUCUCACUCAAAUAUUUUACAAUUUUAAAAAUCUGUUCAAUGGACGUGAAGAUUUAGCGGAAGCAGUUCACAAGUUUGCUCGAGAAAACUGGAAAGCCAUCGCCGAAUUUGUCCAGGAUCCUAUCUGGGAUGGUUCUUUAAAAGGAAUUUUUAAGAACAUUAAUAAAUACCUAGAAACUUCCCCUCUUGAAGAUACUUUAAUCAACAGUUAA